UUUUUGCUUUUUGCUCAACACUUGUUUUUGCUUUGCUCUCCUUGUGUUUCUUUCAAACUCUUGAGAUAUUCCAACCUUGAUUUCAGGGGAGGACUCUGUUCGUAUCUACCAGAUCUUUUAGACAAUUUAUACAUGGCGUAAGGCAUCAUGAUCAGCAACACUCUAUUGCUUGCUGUCUUCUUUGCUCUUGCUGGCAUCUUCUUGUCGAAUUCGAAUAAUUCAGAUGAAAAGAGAGUAUUGAAAGGAUGGAAACGACAGCUAAAUGGUCCUGCUAUUCAGUAUGACAAAGUAGCUGUUGGGCUGAAUGCCAACCUGGAUUUGAUCGUGUACGGCACGCAGCUGCUAAAGAAAUUGAACGUGGCACCGGGACCAGGUAAAGACCACGCAGUACUUGACAGCCUUGCUGAGCUUCAGGAUGCAUUUGCUCUGUCGCAUUCAUCAUGCUCGGCCGCAGAGCGUAUCAUGACAUCGCCGACGCUGUACAAGCAAAUCGUUGAUUCUGCUGCCAGCCUUGAGGAGAAGAAAUAUUUUGUGGGUGGUAAUGCUGCAUUGAUGUCACAAGCUAUGGUGGAGAGUAGUCCAGGCAGUCAGGUGAUGCUGGUCGGUGCUGUUGGUGAGACACUGAGGAGCCUCCUCAACUCGACAGUAUCUGUACCCGAGUCAUGCCUGCAGAAAGAUGAUGAAGUGCACCUGAUUUUGGAAUACAGCCGUGGAGAAAAGUGGGGUGACAACGUGGCCAGCUGUGCCAAUCGCUUCAUCUUCUCACACGAUGUGGCUAAUGGAGAACUGCAGCCUGCCGACAACUUUGCAUCCGCAUUGUCAUCAUUUAGCCCACAGCUUGUUGUCGUUGCCGGCCUGCAUCUGAUGGACAACACAGAGGAAUCGUUCUGGCUGCCCAGAGUCAAGAAAGUGCUCUCGGCCAUCUCAACUUUGCCGGCUAGUACACCUGUUCAUUUGGAAUUGGCAAGCAUUGGCAACCUUGACUUCCUUGCUCGGCUUGGAUCGGCUUGCUUCUCAUCCGUCCAGUCAAUUGGACUCAAUGAGCAAGAGCUAAUGGCUAUCAGCAAAGCCAACAAGGGACCAUUCCACAAUGAGGAGCUGGUCUCUGGCCCACCCGAGGCAGCUGUUGUUGCAGACGUACUAUACUGGAUAUUGAAGCACUACUCUGGCAAGCUAUCAAGAGUUCAUUUUCACUCUCUGACAUUCCAUGUUGUUGCAGAGGUCGCCGGCCGCUGGAACAAUUCCUUCUCGGCGGUUGGUGCUGCAGCCAGAGUUGCUGGCCGCCGAGCAUGCCAAGUUGAAGAGAUUGAUCCGGAGAAAGUCCAACUGAAGUUCCCGAAGGCCUUCGUUCGCUCCAUUCUCGACCCCAAGCUACGCCGCGAGCCUAUUGUCGUUGAUCCGAACUCUCCUGUGAGCACCUGGCAAAGAGAUGGAAUCAACUUCUAUCUCAGUCCUGUGCUUGUGUGUCGCAGACCACUGAAGACUGUUGGUCUUGGAGACGCUAUUUCAGCAACUGGUUUGCUAUAUUCUCACUACAUUCCCAAGUAACAGAUUUGUCCAAGUAAGUUUAGGUUGCUGGCAGUCCAGUGUGCUGUUUUUGUUUCUUUUGUCUUUAUAGAGGUCUAUUUCUUGUCAACUUUCUCGGCUAGAGCAAAUUUCUACACCUAGUGCUUUGCAUUGGAUGGUUUUUACUAUUGCGUUCCACGUUCUGCACUGUAUCCCGGCGGGCGUGGAGCGUACUUCUAAAUACUCGGAGUAUCAUUUAAAACAUUCAAAAGUCCCCUCGGAUUAAA